AUGAGUCGUCAUCCUGAGGUAAAGUGGGCUCAGAGGUUAGACAAGGCCUAUGUCACGAUUCAGUUGCCAGAUGCAAAAAACGCAAAAGUUGACCUAACCCCUGAUGGUGUUUUCACUUUUUCUGCUAGUGCUGGGGCUCAAGAAAACCUCUACGAGCUCAAGUUGGAACUCUUUGACAGGGUUAAUGUAAAGGAGAGCAAGAUUAAUGUAGGUGUGAGAGGCAUAUUCUGUGUAGUGCAGAAGUUAGAGCAAGGAUGGUGGAAAAGGUUGUUGACCGCAGAAGGCAGACCUCCACAUUAUGUGAAAGUGGAUUGGGAUAAAUGGGUAGAUGAAAUUGAAGACGAGGGUUUUGGAGGUGACCUGGAGUUUGGAGGGAUGGAUUUUUCGAAAUUUGACGGGAUGGAUAAUGGUGCAAUGGAUGAUGAUUUUGAGGACAGCGACGGUGAAGGGAAAGAACUGUCAGAGCCUGGAAAACAAGAUAUUAACAAUGAAGCUUCUACUAUUGAAGAACAAGAUAGGGAGAAAGUUGCAGCUAGCACAUAA